AUGUCGUUUGGUAUACCACUUUCCCAGUUAAUAAUAGAAAGCCCAAAGCCAUUAAGUAGUGGUAUUACAGGAUUGGAUGAAAUACUGAGCCUUGGAUUCCAAGCAAGAUCGAUAUAUGAAAUAUUUGGGCCUCCAGGAAUAGGCAAGACUAAUUUCGGAAUUCAAUUGGUUAGCAGGUCGCUAGAAAACAUGAAGCCGUUGGAAAAGAAUGACGAUAAGAUUCUAUGGAUAGAGGCCUUUCAAGAUAUGCCUAUCAACAUCUUAAGGGAGCGCUUCCCGAAAUUCGAUAUUGUAGAGGAGAAUGUUAAACGUGUUCGGAUAAUGAAGUUUGGGCAACUGUUAUAUUUUUUUCAAAACUUGUUCAAGCUGUCACAAAGCAUGAAGUACAAACUAAUAAUAAUCGACGGUUUUUCUCAAUUACUAUGCGACCAUUUGUGUACGCUGAGUAAAAGAAGUGGGGGGGUGAUAGAUAAAACUAUACAUGAUUUAAAAUGCCGGCACUUGAUAUUAAUUUUUACAGCGAUGACCAAAUAUACUCAUUCUACUGGCUCAACUAUAAUACUGCUAAACGAUUGCAUGAACACAGCAUUCCAAUCCAACGAAUUCGGAUCCUUGGAAGAAGAUUACGAGGUCCUAGAGGACGGUUCCAAUUUCUAUGUCAAUUCGAACAGUGAUAGACGUAAAAGUAACGUACACAUUCUGAAAAGUGCUCUAGUGGCCAAUAUUGCUAUGGGAGGCAAAGAUUCCACCUGGGAAGUGUUUUUGAGGGACAGGAUUGGUUUAUUCAGAGACUGGAAUGAGCAAGCGGACGAAACAAUAUUUGUAAAGAGCAAGAGAGUGAAGACGCCGUCUUCCCAAGAUAACGAGGCAUGCACCAUCAAAGAAAUGAGAAUAAACAAACGAAACUUCGAAAACUUUAGAAUAGCUAUUGUUUUCAAUCUGCAUGGGGACGACAGGGAGAGAGACAGAGACGGGGGAAGACCAAAACGGACGAGAAAUAGCGAAGAUCGCAACCGUAUUGUUAAAUUCGACUUUGAUAGAGCAACAGGCCUAUUCCGCGAUAUAAUCGACCAAGAAGUAAACACUGCCAAUAUUGGCUCAAUCCCGACAUUAUCAGCAAGCAGCAGCAGCUGUUCCCAACUGUUUGUCAACAUGGAGUCUGAUGAUAACCAAAUGCCAUAUGUAGAAGGAAAGGAGGAAGUAAUUUAUGAUAGCGAAGGCUAA